UGCAAUGAACUAUGGGUAGUUUGUCGGAAUAAAAGCAUUCUCGCCUCAUGAGAUGUCUAGCAGGCAGGACAAUCAAAAGUUUAUGAAAAUGGAAAACCAACUGUUUGAUUCAGCCUUCGAAUCAUUCGAUUCUAAUAACGAGAAUGGAAAAUCUGGAGAAAACUUGAAUAGUUCAGGAGUCCUCAAUAAAGCUAACCUGAUCGUCAACUACAUUCCACAAAGUUUGAGUCAAGAUGAAAUUCGCAACAUGUUCAGUGCGAUAGGCCCAGUGAAAAAUUGCAAACUGGUUAGAGACCACGGUACAGGGAUCAGUCUUGGUUACGCAUUCUUAGAAUAUUACAACCCUGAAGACGCACAAAGAGCCAUAUUAAAACUUGACAAGUGUCGAAUUCAGAACAAGACCCUUCGUGUGAGUUAUUCAAGACCAUCUUCUUCCGAUAUCAAAAAUGCGAAUUUGUACGUAGCAGGUUUGCCGCCAACUGUUGACGAGGAUAAGUUGAGCAUACUUUUCAAUCAGUUCGGACAAAUAAUAACACAUAAAGUUCUCUAUAACUCGGAUGGAUCUAGCAGGGGAAUAGGGUUUGUUCGUUUUGACAAAAGAUGCGAAGCACAAGCGGCCAUUGAUGCGAUGAAUGGCAAAUCAUUGGAUGGAGGAUCUGUGCCCUUAACUGUCAAAUUUGCCAUUCCACCUGCAGUAAAGAAUUUGAAUCAGACACUGGUUGCUGCAAAUCUUGGUCAGAAUAGCACGGCAUUAGCAAGUGCAGUGGCCGCAUCUACAGGGCGGAAUCAAAAUGUACGUUUCAGUCCUAUGGCAUCAAACAGCUCACAGGGUGUUGUAGGUAUAAUGGCGGCAGCUGCUGCUGCUCAGCAAUCACUUCAAAAUCCAGUUCAGAAUGCCCUUGCAGGUCCAUUAGAUCAGACAGGGAGGUCAAUGGGUCCAUGGUGUGUCUAUGUUUAUGGGCUUCAGCCAACCGCAUCUGAAGCCACCCUGUACCAACUUUUUGCACCAUUUGGUGCAAUACUCAGCGUCAGGCUAAUGCGAGAUUUAACCAAAUCUGAGCAGCCUUGUAAAGGCUAUGGCUUUGUAAAUUUCCUAACCAGUACAGAUGCACACCGGGCAGUUAUGCAGAUGAACAACUUUCUCUUUGAGGAAAAGUAUCUACAGGUUUCAUUUAAGAGUUCUAAGGGCCAGAAAUGAAAAUAGAUUUACUCUCUUCUUAAUCUAGCUAGUCUAUAUUAACAGCAAGGCUUGUUAAAUGGUUCUUUCGAUAAACCAUACCUUCCCUUUGUGAGAAAUUAAUAAGACACUUCCCCUUACCUGUGAACAAACUGAUGAGAAAUCUCCUAAACUAAUAAAAUAUGUAAUAAAUAAAUUCAAUGAUAACAGACUAAUAUCAAUCCAGGUUGAUCUGGCAAUUCUGAAAUACAAUCAAUGGCAAUAUGAAAUUUUAUUUAACAACCAAGCAAUAGUUUAAAUUUACAUUCCAGCCUUUUUGUUUAUGAAAAUAUGAUUUCCAAACAAUAGGACCAAAUUUUACUCAUUUUUUUUAAUUAUGCAGCCUGUAGAGUGCUUUCUAGCAUUAGAAACUUAUGAAGAGGCUUUCUUGUGAAAUCCCUCUUCUUCUGCUACGUUCAAACUUUAUUUCCUUUGUUCAUUAGUUCAUGAGUUCCUUUGUUAAUUAUAUUGUUGCCUCAAUUUUCUUAACUCUUUAUAAGCAGUCAUUUUUGUCACAAUAUUUUAUUCCUUGGAGUAAACAUUUAAUUAUGCCACUUCUAGUUGGAUUAUAUUUAUAUGUUUCUUGUUACGUUAUAUAUACAUAUAUAUAUAUGGUUGUUUGUUCCUAAUCAUAUAUUAUCUAUUUGAACUCCAGAGCUUUUUGUCAAGUAGAGACUUUUGAUUUUGUUGUAUUGAAAUUAUAUAAUAUUUAUUUAGAUUUCAUUA